AAAUUCGAACUGAAACUGCAGUUUCAGGCGGGAAAUCUCUCUCUCUCUCUCCCGGGACGCUCGUCAGUCUCAGUUGCUCCGGCGGCCGGCGACGAUGUCGAGGUUCGAGUACCCGAGGCUGACGAGGUCGGAGAUAGUCUCAUUUCUUACGGAGUCUCAAAUCAUACCCAACAUCACUGAGCGCCACCUCGCCGACCCGAGCCCGGACUUCGUCUCCGACCUCUACACCCAGCUCCUCGUCUACCUCGACUUCUUCCAAGAGGAGGACGGGCAGAUGGAGUUUGCUGCACUGGAGCGGCUUGAGAACCCGGACUUCCACGUGGAAUCACUGCGAAGAAUGAACCUCUGCAGCAAAAUCAGGGAGUUGAUUGCUUCUUUGGAAUGCCCCAAGAAAUUUACUCUGAAAGAUCUCACAACGCCUGAUGCUGACAGGACCGAGAUUUUUGUCAGUGCGAUUCUAAAUUUCUGUUUCCACAAAGACAACAAGAUGAACCUCAUAAGACCUAUUAUAGAGGAGUUGAAUGAUCUUGACGUACAGCAGAAAGAGUGCGAGGACAAAAUAUCCCAGUUGAAUGCUGAGAUUGCAGAAAAUAAUGAAGCCAGAGAACAGGAGUUGCCUCUAGUUCAGGAACUGGAAGUGAACAUCAGACAGCUUAAUCAGAAGGUGAAAGAACUCAACAAUCAGCAGAUGUCCCUGAGAACUGCUUACCGAAAGUUGAAGGACCAAGGAGCAGAAUUAAAUGAGAAGAUCUCUAGUGCAGAGUAUAGCCUGGUACAAAGUGUUCAAGAAAAUGCGAUGUUAAGAUCAGAAAUUGUUCAGUCUCCUGACAAGCUGCAGAGGGCUUUAGAGGAGAAAAAGUCAGCUCGUCAAGAGGCAAUUAAUGCUGCAAAAUUGGCAAAAGAUUCAUUCGAAGACAAGAAUGCAGUCCUAGAGAUUUAUACAAAGACUCAUAAGAAAAUGUCCAAGCACUUGACUCAGAUGCAAAAGAUACUAGAACAGGCAAACUCUGCAAAAACGAUUGAGAAAGAUGUGAAGGCUCUAAAAGCAAAGCUCAGUGAUGAGGGAGUCUUGGACAAACAGCUGGAUGCCAAAUUAGUUGAAUUGCAGGGGAGAGUGGAGCAUUUGGAUGAACUGAGAAGGACAUUAGAAAAAGAAAGAGAUGCUAAGUGCGAGGAGGCAAAUCAGGAGCUAAAUAAUGUGAAGCUGGAGAUGGAAUCAAGGAGGCAUGAGCUUGAGCUAAGGCAGAGGAAGGUCGAAGCUGUGCUUGAAGAGGUGGAUGCUAUAACUUCAAGAACAAACACCGUUAAGGAAUCCUGUGCGGCUAAAGAGCAAGAAUUGCUGCACAAAAAUGAAGAAGUUAUGAAAGAGUUUCACCAGUAUUUGUGCUCUAUCGGAGCCCUUUUGCCGACAGCGGAAGCUUGAACAAGUCCAAUGGAGAUGCCGGUGCAGCCUUUUCUGAUGGUGAUGAUCGUUGUCUGCCUUUUUGUGCUUAUAUGACCCCCCUGUGUUUUCCGCUUCUAUCUGUCAGCUAGUUUAAGACUUAAACAGAAAUCAUCUCGAUUUGUUUCAUCUUCUACCAAGAAGAUAACAUGUUGUGUUAUACGCUGUUCUAGUGUAGAUAAAUUAGCCCUUGAGUUCGUAGAACC